AUGAUACAAGGUAUGUCGGAUAUAUCGAAAAAAAUAAAACUAUCAAGACUAGAAAAACUAAAAGCUAAAAGAUUAGAAGCAAAGAAAUUAAACCAAAAAGCUUUAAUAGAAGAUCAAAAAAGACAAAAAUUAUUAUCAAUAAAGUCUAAAAAAGCAGAACAAGAAGGUUUAAAUGGCGAAUUUCAUGACAGUAAGUCAGAAAAGCAAUCAAGAUCAGUAUUAGAUUAUACUUUAGAAGAAGUAGAGAAAUGGAAUGAAAAACAACUCAAAAUAACAAAGAAUAAUAAUCGAGACGGUUUAGUUAAUCAAGAUAAAUUGGCUGAAUUGACUUAUUAUAAAGAACUCAAGGAGUUUAAAAUAGAUAAAGAAGCUUAUGAGAAACAGAAACUCGACCUAAUGAAUAAAUAUAAUGUUAAUGAGUCUGAAUUAAAGCAUAUUGUUGAUUUACUGAAUAAUCCAGAUGCUAAAACUAAAGAUGAGUUAUCUAAAUUAUUAUCCCAAUUUAAAGAAAAUAAGACAAAUAAGAGAAGAUAUAAGACGGAUGAUGAUUUGGAAACUGGUGGGUAUAUUAAUGAAAAGAAUAAACAAUUUAAUAUGAAAUUGAAUAGACAAUAUUCAUGA